AUGACAAGUCCCAAGCAAUCGGCUCACAUGAACGCCACGCUGCAGAUUUGGAGGCUCCUGCAGGGUUUGGUGAAAAAGGAGCAAAGAAUUGUCCUCGACGGCAGCAGCCUCGAUAUUGCCUCCAUCGUCGCCGUUGCCCGGCAUGGAGUCAAGCCCACUACCAGCCAGGACGAACAGCUCCUCAAGCAGCUUGAUCUCUCCGUUAAUACCUUGGCUGAUUAUCUCGCACAUAAUUUGGUUGUCUACGGGGUCAACACCGGCUUCGGCGGAAGUGCCGACACUAGGACCAACGAGCACAUUGACCUACAAACCCAUUUGCUUCAGUUUAUCCAGAGUGGAAUUAUCACCGCCGCCGACAAGGAUCCGGCAAGCAACUGGGAGCGGGAGCCAUCCCACAUCAUGCCUCCUGCCUGGGUUCGAGGCGCCAUCGUCGCUCGAGCCAACCAGAACCUCAGGGGUCAUAGUGCCAUCCGCAGGACAGUGAUCAAGAGCCUGAUUGACCUGCUGUAUAACGACAUUACCCCUAUAGUUCCGCUGAGGGGGACAAUUUCUGCCUCUGGAGACCUUAUGCCCAUGGCGUAUAUUGCUGGAGCAAUAACCGGCAAUCCAGAUGUCUAUGUCCAGGUAGGCAAGGGCACAAACGUCAAGGUCAUGACUUCCUCAGAGGCGUUAGUGGUAAGCGGGCUCUCGCCGUCCGGGCUCGGACCAAAAGAGGCGCUUGGCCUAAUAAAUGGUACUGCUCCGUCUGUAGCAGUGGCCAGUCUGGUGUUGUAUGAUACACAGCAGCUUGCGCUGUUAUCUCAAAUAUUGACAGCUUUUGCGGCCGAGUCUCUGGGCGGAAAUGUCGAGUGGGCUCAGCCCUUUAUUCACGCCACUCGGCCUCAUCCUGGGCAGAUUGAAGUGGCGAGCAAUAUUCGGCGCUUCCUGAAGGGCUCGAAGUUUGUUGUUGGCUUAGAUUCCAGGAAAAGGACCGGCGAUGGACUCUGGCAAGAUCGCUACUCAACGAGAACAGCUCCCCAAUGGAUUGGUCCGUACCUCGAGGACCUUCUACUCGCGCAACGACAGAUAGAGGUGGAGCUCAAUUCCACAUCCGAUAAUCCUCUAGUGGACACUAGCAAGCGAGAUGGCAUCUCUAGUGGAGAAGUGUACUCGGGUGGAAAUUUCCAAGCAGCUGUCGUCACGUCGGCCAUGGACAAAGCGCGUCUGGCUAUCCAGAUGAUUGGGCGCAUGCUGUGGUCCCAAGUUACCGAGAUAAUCAACCCUGCCACCAACAACGGAAUUGAGGCCAACCUAAAUGCCAGUGCACAAGAGAAUUACACCAUGAAGGGCAUCGAUAUCAACAUGUCGGCCUACAUGUCUGAGCUAGCGGCUCUAGCACAUCCCGUUUCCGCCCAUGUUAUGUCGGCCGAGAUGCAUAAUCAGGGCAUCAACUCCCUAGCUUUGAUAUCAGCCCGGCGCACUAUGGAGGCCGUGGACCUGCUGGCACACAUGAGUGCCUGUCAUCUCUAUGUCUCGUGUCAGGCUGUCGAAUUGCGUGCAAACCACAUUCGAUUCCUUUCGGUGCUCCGCAACAAGGUGGAAGACACCACGGAAUAUGGUGCCUUGCAUGGGCUCGGACUGGAAGCUUCGCAGAUCACAAAACUAGCGACCUCGCUAUUUCCCGUGGUCGAGACGACGUGGUAUCAGUGGAACUCCAAUACAUGGAAGGAGCGUAUCUCGCACGUGGUUGAGGCCGUCAUGUCGCCAGUCACCGACUUUCUGUCUACGGACAAACAAGAGUGCUCAGUCUCGGCACUCGUCACCUUUAAGAUGCAUUUUGAAGGCGUCAUUUCCAAUACUGCCAAAGACAUCUUCUACCCCAGCGCGACAAUUUCUCCCACGGAAGUUGCCUCGCAGCUGGGCGAGACAACCGCACAACUCUAUAACUGGGUGCGCUUGGAGCUAGGUAUACCCCUGCAUUGUGGUAUUAAAGACGAUCCCUUGUACAACGCCCAGAAGGGUCUUCCCACGGAGGGCAAGAAGUCCAUUGGAAGCUGGGUGAGCAUGUUGUAUGAGAGUCUGUUGAUGAGGGGCGGGAUGAUGGACAUGGUUUUACAGAGCUUGGAUACACAGCAAAAUUUGGGAACGCUCGAGGAGUCGAGGGUCGGUAAAGAAGUGAAGAGGGUAGCUAGCCAACAGAAAAGGGCUAAGUUGAACAGUAGGAUUGGGUUGUAA